AUGCAGACACGUAACCAAGCUAAAAGUAAGCGGUCCGACAACUUAAGCAACAUGGACCAAGGAGAUAAUAAUUUGAUUUCGAAUGUUAAUGCGUCGGGCAGUUCCGAAAAUACAAUGGGAAAUACUUCAGACGAAAUGCAAAACAGGACGAACGGGCUCACAGCAGAGCCAGAAAUAAAUUUGCCUCCUACUAACCAAAUUGAUUUGGCAGAACUCAUGAGAACCUUAUUGCAACAAAAUAAAGAGUCAUCCGAAAAAUCGAUCCGCGAGCUAGGCGAACAAAUGACGCAGAAAUCUGAAAAAUCUAUCCGCGAGCUAGGCGAACAAAUGACGCAGAAAUCUGAAAAAUCUAUCCGCGAGCUAGGCGAACAAAUAGACGAAAAACUAAUCCAGCAGACAAAUAAAGUCGACAAGUCGAUGCAGAGAGUGUCCGAUGAUAUCUCACAAAGAAUAAACAAUCUGGCAAGUGAAAUAAAAAGUGAUAUUAUGAAAGAAUUAGGCCGUACAUUUGAACAAAUCGAGGAUCGUCUGCAAGCCUUAGAACAGAGCAAGCGGAGGGGCGAUGCCGAAUCUAAAGAAAGCGAAGAACGGCUACUUAGGAAUUUCCAAGAGCUGAGGGAAGAAUGCCAAAGGGAGCACCAGCAGGUACUCUCGAGGGUCCAAGAGGCAGAAACGCAUUGUCCCACGUCCGUUAGCAACACAAUAGCGGACAACAGUUUAGCGAUCCACGCGUUGCAACAGCAAGUAGAACAAUUGAAGCAGACUGGGGCGGAGGACAAGAGACAAAUAGAUGAUAAGAUUGCGGCAUUAGCGGACAUUGUAGGCACGAUGAAGCUGACGGAAAGCGAGAACAAUACUACACCGGUAGCGGCCGCAGAGACCGAAGAAGUGCGUUCGCUUCUGAGAUUUCAGAAGGGACAAUUCGAAGUGAACAGGCAACACAAGGCUGUAACAGGCGAAUUACAAGAACGCGUGGCGCAUCUGGAAAACCGCAUGGCGUGUGAUUCCGAACUCGCCAAUAGCACUAAAAAUAGCCGUACGAACAGUGCAGAGAGGGACUCCGGCCACGAGGGAGAUUUUGACGACAGGGAAGAAUGUAAUUUGAGGGGCAGACAUGAGAAAAAUAGAAACAUUCAAGGGCCUCGACAGGAGGAAAUGCGGGGAUUUGAUUUCAAACAUUUCCUUACGCUGAGUACGGAAAGUGCUGUCUGUGGAUUUCGUAAGUAG